CUCUCUCUCUCUCGGUCUCUUUCAAUUUUUCAAUUUUUUCUCUCUCUCCUCAUCCCGUCUCCACCGUUCCUCCGUCACCUCAGACCUCAGCAGAAAAAAGGAAAUAUACCAUAGACCACACACACCGCUGGAAUGGAUUAAAAUUAGCUUUUGAGAUGGAUGAGUGAUCGGAAGGAUGGAACUGCUUCAACUGUUUCUCGCCCUCCUCGCUCUCUGGGCCAGUCUCGCCUUCGCGGUGGACCGUAAAUUCGGCUGCCUGUUUGAGGAGGGUCUGUGUAUGAACUAUGAAGUCUGUCUUAAUGAUGGCAUGUUCGGCCGCUGUGAGUCUGCUCCAUUAACAGACGUCUACACAUAUGACAUCACACCAGCAACAGUGCAGAGAUUCCGUGUGCUGCUUCAGAGACUGGCUCACAGAGGGUUUGCUUGGGAGGAUGAUGUCACACAACAAGUUUUAUCAAAUGAGUUCUCCAAACUACGCAAGAUUUCCCUUCCAUUACCUGAGCACAGACCUUAUAGUGCUGCUGUCAGAGACAGAAAAAUGAAAUCAUCGGAGGCGGAGCUUAGGAAGACUCUGAAAUACCUGCAGCACCUGGGUCUGCUACCAAAAACAUCGCAAAAGGAGCUUCAGUAUUAUCGCUCUGGAGAACCACGCCCUGAAACUGACUCCACCCCUCCUGAGUUAAUUUCAGAGUUGCCCUAUCAAUCACAGUCUUACCCUGAUCUUAGCCAAUACCAGAGCUAUGUGGCACAAACUCCUCCACAGGAAGAUGGCUCAGACCUGCUCAUGGCCACUCUUCAGAAGUACCUUUACAAGAACAAACCACCUCAGCCUGAUGUGGGGGACAGAGCAAAAGCGGACCAUCUCUUCCUAAAAGAUGGAUUCACAAAGCCCUCUGCCAGAGACUCCCUAACACCUGUAGAUGAAACAUUCAUCAGGAAAGUUCUACAGAACAUAGGCAGGCACAGUGUGGAUGUGAAGAGUCUGAAGGCAGCAGAUCUGGAUAAGCUUUCUGUCUUGAUUGCAGAUGCUCUGCAGGUUGUGGAAAAGCAGGCAGGACAGGGAGAAAUGCCUAGAGACCUGGAGACCCAGCAGCAGCGUGAAGACCAGACAGAACAUCUGCAAUACGAGGACCAAACAGAGGACCAGCUUCCUGAGAGUGAUUUGAUAGAUAAGACACCAGAAGACAGUGCUCAGAAACAGAAAGAAGUGGCAGAGGAAAGUUUAUCAGUCACUCAAAUGACUGUCCAAACCAUCCCGCCUGUGACAGAGGGACAAACUUUUGGGGAGGAGAAAAGAACCAUGGACAACAAGCAGGAUGGUGUCUUUUUAGGGAAGCUCCUGCAGUACCUGGAUAAAACAGAGCCUGAGCCUGUUGAUAAGGGGAAGGAUGUGUCUGUGGAGACGGUGCGCAGCCGAACGACACACCGAGAGGUGGGUAUGCAGAAAAAGGCAAUCGAGCAAGUGGAGGAGCUGGAGAGCUGGGUACAGGCAGCUGCUAUUGCGCCCUCAUCUGAUCUGGUGGACAAUUCUGCACCACACCGCAAGAACAUGAAAGUACAUGAUCUUCAGCUGGAUGUCCAGACCAAUGCUAAGAAUGAUGUCUAUGGAUACAUUAUCACUGAUACAGAGUCUCUUCCCACUGAUAAGGGUGUGUAUCUGAUGGAGUUAGUGGCUCAUAAAGCGAAGAUUCAAAUGACAGAUUUCUCAGAGCUCUCUGUUGUUAGUCCAGCUGUGACGUUUCAAGUCCAUCCGAAUACUCAGAACAUCACUACAGCUGAUGUGGCUAAUGUGGCAGUCCGUCAAAAGGAUGAACUGGAGAAAGAAGCGAAAGUCAAGAUUGUGGAGGCUGGAGUUACUGAUAGGAGUAAACUAAACCAGAUUCCCACUAAGUACAGUCGCUCCGAGUCACUCAAGUUUCUCAUUCUGACUGUGAUUUCCAUUGUGUGUAUUACUGGAGUGCUUCUGGCGUCCAGUGUGGUGUACUGCCUGCGUCACCGUUCUCAUCACAAACUCAAAGAGAAGCUCACUAACCUGGGCUCCGACCCUCCCACUGAUGCCACUGCUACGUAUCAGGAGCUGUGUAGGCAGCGAAUGGCAGUGAAGCCUCCAGUAGAGAAGUCGGAUCCUAUUCACUCUUCUCGUAUAAACAGCGUGUCAUCUCAGUUGAGUGACGGGCCAAUGCCCAGCCCCUCUGCACGUACUAGCACUUCCUCCUGGAGCGAGGAGCCCGCCCACUCCAACAUGGACAUAUCGACUGGCCACAUGAUACUGGCAUAUAUGGAGGACCAUCUAAAAAAUAAGAAUCGUUUGGAGUCAGAGUGGGAGGCUCUCUGUGCGUACCAGGCUGAGCCCAAUUCCACCUCCAUCGGCCAGAGAGACGGCAACACCAAGAAAAAUCGCACAAGCAGAGUCAUAGCCUAUGAUCAUUGCAGAAUAACUCUAAAAGGGGAGACCAAUCAAGGAAACUCUGACUACAUCAACGCCAGCCCAAUUAUGGAUCAUGAUCCUCGUAACCCAGCAUACAUCGCCACUCAGGGUCCACUGCCCUCCACUGUUGCCGACUUCUGGCAGAUGGUGUGGGAAAGUGGGUGUGUGGUGAUCGUAAUGUUGACACCUCUUUCUGAGAAUGGUGUGAAGCAGUGUUACCACUACUGGCCUGAUGAAGGAUCCAAUCUCUACAACAUUUACGAGGUUAAUCUUGUUUCAGAGCAUGUGUGGUGUGAGGACUUCCUGGUUCGGAGCUUUUACCUGAAGAACAUGCAGACAAACGAAACUCGUACGGUCACGCAGUUCCACUACCACACCUGGCUGAAUGACCAGACACCUGAGACCAGUCAGACACUGCUUGACUUCCGCAGAAAAGUAAACAAAUGCUACCGUGGAAGGUCCUGUCCUGUCAUUGUUCACUGCAGUGAUGGUGCUGGGCGGACUGGGACGUAUAUUCUUAUUGACAUGGUGUUGAAUAAAAUGUCUAAAGGUGCAAAAGAGAUUGACAUUGCUGCUACGCUGGAACACCUCAGAGACCAGAGACCUGGCAUGGUCCAGACCAAGGAGCAGUUUGAGUUUGCAUUGACAGCUGUAGCAGAGGAAGUGAAUGCUAUUCUCAAAGUCCUGCCACAGUGAUACUCCUCUUUCUCUAAAAAUGUUUCCCUCUAUCUUUUUCUCUCUCUCUCUGUUGUAUAUAAACUCUGGUCCUGAACAUAUAUGUCCUAUAGAAACUAUUUUGUCAGUAAAAUAAUUGAACUAUAUUUGUAAUUAGGAACUGUGUGUUGUUUUAGUUCUGUGUGAAUAUGAAAGCAUAUUUCAUUCUACCGCAUGCCAGAUUGUUUCAGAUUUUAAUUACUCUCUAGUCUUUGCUGUUUCUGCUGUCAUUUAUUGAUGUAUAAUUAUGAAAUGAUGCAGGCAACUGCAUAUAACAUAAAUGGCAAGAUCGGUUUUAAAUAUAUAGUUAAUUGGACAUGAAUUUAUAGAACUAACCUGUCUGUUAAUGUGCUUUGUUAUUUAAGAUUUAGAACUUUGUUCUCUGGGUUAUGUGUGCCAACUACAACAGUUUAUAUGAUCAUCAGAGAUUAAUAAAAGUAGAAACAUCUUGCAUGAGAUAUGACAUUACAUACAAGCGCAUAAACCAUGAUUCAUGCCAAGAACACGAGAACAUUUCUGCCUUUCCAAGCCAAGGAAAUGUUCAUUAAGUCAUGAAGUUCAAUGUAUCAUUUACAUUUACCAUUAAACCAAAAUAUUGACAAGUCCCACCUACAGAUGGUUUUAAAAUGUAAUGCACACAAACUGUGCAUGGAUUACAAGAAAUACUUGUUUAUAGCAAGUAGAAAUGCAUGCAAGAUUCUUGCAGUUGUGCUUUACGAUCUUACAGAAAAAAGUGUACACAUAAAGGUUGUUGUCUAAAUCACAGACCCAAUGUCAGAUAUCGAUUGAGAUACCUGCUAUUACUGAGAAUUUUAAUGAGUGCAAAUAGAGACUAGAUUAAUAGGGAAAUAAACAUUCAAUCAUUUUACUAACAGAACUUAAAGCUUUUGGCCUAAUGCUUUGUGGGCAUGCAGUUAUCUCUUGACCCAAUAGCAGCUCAGACAUCAACAUUUAAACCAAUAGCAGGCUGCUUUGUACCUAAAGUUUCAUUAGGGGUCUACUCAUAUGAUGUAAUGAGAAAAUAAAUAAAUGUUGUUCAAAUUUUAGUUAUAACCCCAGUUGAUCAUUACUAACAAGCUCAUUUGUUUGACUAAGUUCAGUCUGUGGAUAUUUAGAUUUAUCUCUUUCUUCAUAAUUAACAGACUAUCAGUACAUAGUACUACAGUAUAACGGAAGCUGUUUUAUCCUGUGUAACUCCAUAAUAAAGUGCAAUGUGUC